UUCAAAAACGCGUCGGUUUGCACCGCUUGGCGUUGGCGGGUGAGAGACCCAUUUUUCGGCACUCGGUGCUUUCAGAGAGCUCAAAUUUGAAUUCGUGAAUCGAAACGCAGCGUUUUAGUAGAGCCGAGAUCGAAGAAGAAGAAGAAGAAUGGGGAACAGAAGGUUCGCGCAGGUCUCGACGAGCGACGAAGAAGACGUCGUCGUUCCGUCGCGGCAACAACAGUCGUCGGAGGAGAACCAGUCGAAGAAGCAGCGGAAGAGGAAGCAGGCGAAGCUUCUAGAAGAAGAAGACUAUGAAGAAGAAGAAGAAGUAGAGGAAGAAGAGGAGGAGGAGGAGGAGGAGGAGGAGGAGGAGGAGGAAGAAGAGGAAGAGGAAGAGGAAGAAGAAGAAGAGGCACAGAAGAGCAAGAGGAAGAAGAGUAAGAAGAAGAAAGAGGAAGAGGAGGAGGAGGAGGAAGACGAGGACUUACCGGUGUCGGAGGAUGCGAAGCCGGUCGGCAACCCGAUCAAGACCAGCGGCAAGGGACGCAGCAAGAGGAACCACUAUGUGGCCUUCGAGUACGACGGAAAUCAAUACGAUCUUGAGGAUCCUGUACUUAUUACUCCUGAGGCUAAGUAUCAGAAGCCGUACGUGGCAAUUAUAAAGGAUAUAACUCAGGAUAAAAAAGGGAGUGUAAUGAUGACCGGACAGUGGUUCUAUCGCCCUGAGGAGGCAGAUAAGAAAGGUGGUGGAAAUUGGCAAUCAAAUGACACAAGAGAGCUAUUCUACAGUUUCCACCGCGAUGAUGUUCCGGCUGAAGCUGUAAUGCACAAGUGUGUGGUGCAUUUCGUUCCUUUACACAAGCAGCUUCCAAACCGUAAAGAGCAUCCUGGCUUCAUUGUUCGAAAGGUUUACGACACUGUCGAGCGAAAGCUUUGGAAGCUGACAGAUAAAGACUAUGAGGAUAAGAAGCAGCAUGAAAUUGACCUACUAGUUCAGAAAACUAUGAAACGUUUGGGAGAUCUCCCUGAUAUUGAGCCUGAAGAAAACAAUGCUGUCGCUGAGCAGGAGGAUCAAUUGAAGUCUAAAAGAAGUCUCAGGAGAAAGAACAUUUCUCCUCUUGAUGUUUCUAGGGAGGAAGAAGCAACAAGAUCUGAUCAACGUACAAAACCAGAAACACCAGGCAGCUGUCAAAGUAAUGCCUCAGAAUAUUAUUUCAUUUUAGAAAAGUUCAACGUACUCACCGGAGAGACCCAUCGUGAUAAAUGGAUGGAGAGACUUCUUCAGGGGGUUCAAUAUGUAUGCAAUUCUACUGACGGCACAAACAAGGAUGACAAGGGAAAGGCUGAUGCUGAUGGCAACAACCGUGAAAGUGACAAUAAGAGUUCUGAAGCCACGAAUGGAUCUCAAGAUAAGAGCCUUAAGAGUGGCCAAGGGUUUGUCUGGCCAGAUGCUGCUGUUUCAGCAGUAAGUGCUCUUGAGAAGGCUUCACAUGAAUCUCUUUCCUCAGAUUUUCAGAAGUACAACCAGAAAUUACGGCAGUUAGUAUUCAAUUUGAAGAACAAUGCAUUGCUUGCUCGGCGUCUUCUGAAUGGAGACCUGGAACCAUUCAAAAUACUGAACAUGUCACCCAAUGAGUUAAAGGAGGGUUUAACAGCUGAAGAAACGAAAAAAAAGGAACCUGAUGAAUCUGAACGAAUGCAGAUGACUGAUGCUCGUUGCUCAAGAUGCUCUGAAUUUAAAGUGGGCGUAAGGGACAUCAUCCAAGCAGGACAUGGAGAGCGCUACCAGUUGGAGUGUAUUGCCUGUGGUUAUUCAUGGUAUGCAUCUCGAGACGAGGCAUCCACCCUGACGAUUGACUCUCCGAGCUCUGCAAAAAACGUAGGCACGGCUCCAUGGGCCACUGCCAAAUUCGAAAAUGUCGAGAAGAAGCUGGUGAGCCCCCGUGAGUCUGACAAUGAUGUCUUCAAGAAAACAAGCGAAGCAUAUAUGCCCGUGCUGGAGGCCCAGAAAUCUUUUAGCAAGGGUAAAAAGGAGGAAAAUCCCGAGACUACAAAGGGUGCUACGAGGAACGCUGACUAGGGGCAUACAAUGCCGGGUUUUACUUCCAACUUCAAAAAGUAUUUACGUGUAGUGUAGUGAGGAAUCAUUUUCCUGUAUAGCAGUUUUAAUCUGGAUGAGCAUUGUGCAUAUUAAUCCCUAGGUUAAUUGGGAGGCUUAGGAUAGAAGUGGCAUACUUUCGAGUGUCAAAUUUGGUAUCCUUCCUUGGCCUUCCUUUUUACAAAUAAGCUGUUAGCCUGUUACAGGAUAUCAGAAGAAAGAUUAUACUAACCGGAUAUCAAUACUUGA